AGGAAAGGUUUGGGGGACCAUUUCCCAUCUCUCACAUUUCUAUAUUAUUAGUUGCAAUCUCUUAAUCUCUUUACCUAUGGCCCCAUUUUUGGCCCUCUCCACUCUCUAGUGUUUCUAUGCUGGUGUUCUCUUCUCAUUCCACCAACUAAGAUUGCACUUUUGCCUCUCUCUCUCUCUCUCAGCUCAAAAAGACACUCUUUAGACAUUGGCUACUGCUAGAGAAGGUGCUAUGCUUGCUAAGUGCUAACCUUUUCUCUUACCUUUCCAAUCACUUUCUUUUUCUUCGAUUCUAUUAUUCUUUUUAUAUGUUUUCUUUUUUAUUUUUCAAAGCCAUUAUAACUCAGUUCCACAUUUCAAUGUAUGCUUAUAGCAUCAAGAAUCUGAAUUGAUAAAUAAAGAAAAAGACCUCUCCUUUCACCUUAAUUCUGUCCAUUGUUUUUAAUUGAAGAGUGUUCUUUGAGGGAACUGCCCAUAAUCUUGCAUUCUCUGUAACAAGCUGUCUUCUUCUCAUGACCUCUCUGAUGCACUUUUAGGAGUGGUGGAUGUACUUUCAGACUACCCAUUUCUUAAGUUUUCAGGCAGUACCAUCAAUAAUCUACCAAUUUUUCUUUUUUCCUUGUUGAAUUUGUGUGGCUUUCUGCUAUGAGAGAAGCUGAAAUGACUAUACCCCACUUGUUCAUUUGCCCAAUUAGUCUAGACUUGUUCAGAGAUCCAGUGACUCUAUGUACAGGCCAAACCUAUGAUAGAUCAAGCAUAGAAAAAUGGCUUGCUGCAGGUAAUUUCACAUGCCCUGUUACAAUGCAGAAGCUUCAUGAUCUUUCCAUGGUUCCUAAUCACACUCUUCGCCAUUUGAUUAAUGAGUGGCUGCAGAUGGGUCCUCAAUUUGAUCCUGAUCAUCAUCAUCAUCAUCAUCCAGUGACCAUCAAUGAUUCUUUAGCUUCACUUAAACACCACCUUCAAUCUCAUGAGUCUACCUUGGAGAAGAAGUUUCAAUCACUUCAAAGAAUCCAAGCUUUAUCAGAAGAGUCAACAACAAGAAUUUUGUAUUUGCUCCAACUGGGCUUCUUUCCUUUGUUGUUGGAACUUCUUUUUCAAGAAGUGGUCUCUGAAAUAUCCCAAGAAAGCAUCAAUUUUUCAGAGCACGCACUCAGUUGUGUUCUAAGAUUACUUCCUUUCGCCCAAUAUGAGUCUUUAAACAUGCUAAAAGAAGAAUCCAAGUUGCAAUCCUUCAAGAGUUUGCUUGAGCAUGGCACUAGCAAGAUGAAGGUGGGUUUGUGUCAUCUAAUAGAGGCAAUAUCAUCAUCUUCAGAUACAAGAGAGUUAUGCUCUAUACUUGGCCAAAAUCACGGACUAUUACAAGGGCUAGUUCUUCUUGUUCAAGACAAUUGCGAGGCACCUGAGGCAGGAAUAAAAGCCAUAUCUGCAUUAUGCUCAUCGGAAUCAAACAGAGAUAAUAUGGUUCAAGGAGGUGUGUUGAAAGGACUCCUAACAUAUAUUUCUAAUGCAGAAAGAUGCCAUAGAAAUCUAAUAUCAAGAGCAAUGGCUACAAUUGAGCUUCUUCUAGAAUUAGACACUGCAAAAGAGGCAGUGAUAAAUAAUCCAGAUGGCAUUGGUGCUUUAGUUAAGAUGGUUUUCAGGGUAUCUGAUCAUGAAGGCAGUGAAAGUGCUGUUAGAUCACUCAUGAUUCUAUGUGGUGAUUCAUUACAGGCUAGGGAAGAAGCAAUAAGUGCUGGAGUUUUGACACAGGUUCUAUUGCUUUUGCAGAGCCAGUGCAGUGGUAGGACCAAAACCAGAGCAAGAAUGUUGCUUAAGCUGCUAAGAUCCAAGUGGAAUGAACAACCAAAGAAUAUUGUUUAGGUCAGAAAAAUUAAUGAGAUGUUUUUGAUGUUUAUGUGGGGUCUUGUUUGAUAUAUGGUGUAAAAAGAAAAAAAGAAGUGUAAUCUGUGUAAAGAAACAAUUUGCAAAUUUAUCUUUAUAUUUGAUGCAUUAGAUAAUAAUAAUUGAAUUCAAUUAAAA